AUGCCGAAAUCAAGGGAAGCCAUCCCGCUACCCUAUGAAUUCUUAGAGGAGAUCAAGAAUGGUGAUAUGACCUCAGGAAAAUAUGUUCCCAUUGGAAAGCACCCCAAAGUUCCCAACGUCGUAAUCGUCUUUUCGAACCACUUGCCGCACACCACUAGACUCUCAGAGGACCGCUAUAAGGUUCACUAUAAAAUUGAUGACACAUGGGUGCGCGCCAAUCUGUCGUUAGACCACCGCGAUGCUGACGGACAGCCGGUCUACAUCUGGAAAAUCCGUUGCGGUGACAACGGCAUGAAAACCAUGUGGAAUCCUCAUCAAAGAGCUGAAGUCCGCAAACACAAACGCCAGCUAGUGCAGGAUGAAGUGAUGGAAAGGCGUUUGAAGAAGAUGCGAGAAGAAGAAGGUCUCUAA